AUCAGCUUUAUUUCCUCACCAUUCCUCUCCCCUCUACUUCCUCUACUUCUUGGGCAUAUUGAGAAAUUGAUCUCGCUAGUUCUGUGACCCGGUUUAUUACCGGAAGGGGUUGUUUAAUUCUGGGGGAGUGUUUGGGAUAAUACCCGAAUAAAACUCUCAAGGACAGCGAGUUGAUUUUCGUGACUCAACUUAUUUUAUUGCAGGUUCUGCUUCGUUCGUGCUAUUGCUGUUUCUGUUCCACUAGGGUUACGUUUGUUUCGGUGUUCGUGUUGUUCAUCCCAAUUUUCCAACAAUCUUCAGAGUUUUAAUUGAUGGACAACGCUGAUGUCAAUUCCGCAACCCCUUCCUUGUGUCACUGUUGUCUUACAACAUCAGUCAAGGAUUGUGGAAUAUCACCGGGUACCUUAGACAAGACGUGAUGCCCAAAUUAUCACGGGAUUCUAACGAUAUCAUUCUAUUGUUCUUUGAUUAUGAAAUUGGCCUAGUUAGUUCAGGUAUGAUCUUCUCUUUCCAUCUUAUUUACUAGCUCAGCAUGGAUUGAAACCACAAUGAUCAUGGCUCUAUAAUUUGUUUUUCUGAGUCAUAUAACUUUUGAGUAUCAUGGUAUGUUCCCAUCAACUAAGUCACUAAAGUUUACAUAAACAACUAUCGAAUUAGUCCUUCAAGUAUGAAAAUUGUGUUCAAAUUCACACUGUACAUGCAUAUAAUUAAUUAAUUGACUAAAUCAUUCAUGAGUGUGUACUUUGUUAGUCAGACGAUUAUGGACUCAUGAUGCAAUGAUGCUAAUUUUGUCAUAUUAGUUUUUACCCCACAUAGUUUGCCCUGGAUAAGUUUGCCCUGGAUAAGAGGAUUUUCAACCAUCUGGAAACUGAUUUCUAAUUUAUUACUUCAUCCGUCCCUUAUUAUAAGUCACUCUUUUUGAGUUUUUCUAAUCUCAUAAUAUAAGUCACUUUACAUUAUCUAUGGAGCAUUAAUUUUAUUUUUCCAUGUUUACCCUCAUAUUUAAUACUCCACAUUCAAAGAAUUUUUAUGUUCCCAAAAUUUUGCUUGAUUUCCAAGACCCUUAUAGUUUAAAGGUAGUUGAAUGUUAAUAUGGAGAGGGAAUUUCAUAUGAGGGUGAUUUUGGAAAAUGUCUUUAAAAAACUACAAAUUUAUUGCUCUUAACAAUUUUUCUUAAUCCUAGAGAAUUGGAUAAAAGUGACUUUUAAUAGGGGACGGAGGGAGUAUAUAUAUUAUCUAUUGAUUCUUUAUAUAGGAAUCAGAGACAUAUAAAGAAUAUUUGAAAAGAGUCCUUAACUUCUACAUGCUAUACUAAUGAACAUUUUGUGGGUGACUUUUAUGACAGUUUAAAACAACAAUAAAUUCAUGUGGCAUGUUAACAGCAGUUGGGUAAAAACCGUCACAAAUACGGUUGUGGCAAAAAAUGGCUUUGUAUAUAUAUAUUUGUAUCUUUGUGGAAAUAUUUAUAGUUUAGAUCAUUAAAAAUACGUCCAUUUUCGUGUUUAUAAAAGGUGAAUAUAUUGUAAAAUAUAUUUCUUUUUUAUAAAAACAAUGGAAACUUUUCUUGAAAUUCUAUGUUUCACAUAUUUAUAAAAGAAAUUUUUACAUUCUUUUAAAUUUUCCAUGUGCUGGCAGUAUUUCUCAUCUCAAAUCAUAAAAAAGUGAUAUUUAAUUUGUUUGUUAUUUUUUAUGCUUAAUUUUACUAAUUAUAUCGGAAGCCCAAAAUCAAUUUUUUAUUAUUAAAUGGAGAAUUCGAGUUGAUUCGACUAUUAAUAAAUCAUUAGUGUGUCCCAAGUAUUUAAUAGAAAAAUAUCUUUUAAAAAAAAGGCCAUUCUGGAGGGGGAGUAGACGCUCCCAACUUAAUAUGUUACAAAUUAGAUUAUAUAUCUUCUGCCUUCCGUUUUCACUAAGGAUCCGUUUUUUAUAUUUUUAUAUUUGUACAACAAAAUUUCAUGAUUCAUUCCAGAUAGAGUUACUUCGGUCAUAUUAUUGGGUUUAAACUUGAUUCUUGACCCCAUCAAUGGGCCAUCUUCUUAUUCUUAUAAUGUGUUUCAGAUUCAAGCAAAGAGAGAAUGAACUAGAUUAGUAUAUACAUCAAACAUUUUGUAUCCCUUUUACAUUUGCACAAUGGCUUCCUCAAAGUCUCAAUGCCUUGGUCUGGGGGUUUUUGUUAUUCUCUUUUCUCAAGUUUUCUCUCAUACACUGGCUCAGGCUGAGGCAACUAAUCCCGCGGAAGUGGAAUAUUCUGACAAACUCAUACUGAGGGGAUUUACAUUUUAUGGUUUUCACGGAUAUGCUGAGGAAGAAAGGAAGCUGGGCCAGAAGUUCUUGGUAGAUAUAGAUGCUUGGGUGGAUCUCAAGCCAGCUGGCAAAUCUGGCAACACAUCUGAUGCAGUUGAUUAUUUGAAAAUAUACAAGGUAGCUAAGGAAGUUCUUGAAGGGCCAGCAUUCAACAUUCUGGAGCAUGUGGUCGAAAAAAUUGCAACGACUGUUCUGACAAAUCAUAAAAAGAUAUCUGCUGUUCGUGUAAAGGUUGUAGAGCCUAAUGUUGCGAUUCAAGAUCCAAUUAAGUAUAUAGGCGUUGAGAUUCUUAGACGCAGAAGUGAUUUACUUGAAUAAGUUGUGAGAAUAUGAUCCUAAAAGAUAUCUGCUGUUCGUGUAAAGGUUGUAGAGCUUAAUGUUGUAAUUCUUGUUAGUUACGAAAAUCCACCAUAUGCAUUAUGCAAUAAAAGUCAUUAUGGGGUAUAAUAAUUGUUUUUU